GCGGCGCUUUACACCCGCCUGCGCUGAUGGGGUCCCCCCGGCGGCUGCUGCUGGUGUCCAACUCCACCCUGCGCGGCGGAGGGUACCUGGGCCACUGCGAGCAGCAAGUCAGGAGCUUCUUCGGGCAGAAGGUGAAGAGAGUUUUGUUUAUUCCCUAUGCUCUUCAUGAUCGAGAUGCCUAUGCCAAGACCGCAAGAGAGAAGUUUGAAAGUUUAGGAUAUGGGUUAGACAGUAUUCAUGAAUCUUCAGAUCCUGUAGCAGCUGUAAGGAAAUCUGAAGCAAUAUUUAUUGGUGGUGGAAACACAUUUCGGCUCUUGAAAGCUCUUUAUGACAACAGUCUGCUCCAGGAGAUCAGGAAAAGAGUUCUUGAGUGCUGCUUUAUCUUCCAGGAUGGAAUUCCAUACAUGGGGUCCAGUGCAGGAACUAACGUAGCUACUAUCAGCAUCAACACAACCAAUGACAUGCCAAUCGUGUACCCACCUUCUCUGCAGGCCCUUGGAUUGGUUCCUUUUAACAUCAACCCCCACUACUUGGAUCCAGAUGUUAACAGCACUCACAUGGGUGAGACUCGUGCGGAGAGGAUACUUCAGUAUCAUGAGGAACCAAACACCCCUCCAGUUCUGGGUUUGCGCGAAGGAGCAAUGUUACUAGUGGAAGGAGACAAAGCCACCCUGCAAGGAGUAACUGGAGCAAGGCUGUUUUUGAGAGGUGAGAAACCAACUGAACACGAGCCUGGAACAGAUUUCAGUUUCCUCCUGACCGAUAGUAACUCCCAGAAGCCCUGACCUUUCCUGCAGUGAAACACCAGAUCCUAAAGGAAGAUAGUGAAAAGAGGAGCUCCCAGGUCUGGAAAAAAUAAAUUUUGUAAAUAAAGCAGGAUUUAAAGAA